AUGGUGAGGGUGCUGUGCCUGGGCCUGUCCUAGGUGCCUGUGUGGUGAGGGUGCCAGUGUGCACAGAGGAGCCCUGAGGACACUGAGACAGCCAUGGGGCUGCUGACGGGGGAGGCGCUGUGGCCCCUGGCUGUGGCCAUGGCCGUCUUCCUGCUCCUGGUGGACCUGAUGCACCGGCGUGUGCACUGGGCUGCGCACUACCCGCCAGGCCCCAGGCCGCUGCCAGGGCUGGGCAACCUGCUGCACGUGGACUUCCAGGACAUGCUGCACUCUGUUAACCAGCUGCGGAGCCGCUUUGGGGACGUGUUCAGCCUGCAGCUGGCCUGGACGCCCGUGGUCGUGGUCAACGGGCUGGCGGCCGUGCGCGAGGCGCUGGUGCACCACAGCGAGGACACCGCUGACCGCCCACCCUCGCCCAUCCAUGAGCAUCUGGGUUUCGGGCCUCGCGCGCAAGGAGUGAUCCUCGCGCGCUACGGGCACGCGUGGCGUGAGCAGCGGCGUUUCUCCGUGUCCACCCUGCGCGACUUCGGCCUGGGCAAGAAGUCCCUGGAGCAGUGGGUGACCGAGGAGGCCGCCUGUCUCUGCGCCGCCUUCGAGGACCAGGCCGGGCGCCCCUUCAGCCCCAACGCCCUCCUGAACAGAGCGGUGAGCAACGUGAUCUCCUCGCUCAUCUAUGGGCGGCGCUUCGAGUACGAGGACCCGCGCUUCCUCAAGCUGAUGGACCUGAUGGAGGGCGCAUUGAAGCACGAACCAGGACUCCUGGGCAAGGUGCUGGAAUCGGUCCCUGUGCUGCUGCGCAUCCCGGGGCUGGCUGCCAAGGUCUUCAAGGGGCAGAGGGCCUUCAUGGCUCUUCUGGACGAGCUGAUCGCCGAGCACAAGAUGACCCGGGACCCAGCCCAGCCCCCCCGAGACCUGACUGACGCCUUCCUGGAUGAGGUGGAGAAGGCCAAGGAGGACCCCAGGAGCAGCUUCAACAAUGAGAACCUGCGCAUGGUGGUUGCUGAUCUGUUUUUCGCUGGGAUGGUGACCACUUCGACCACACUGGCCUGGGCCCUCCUGCUCAUGAUCCUGCACCCGGAUGUACAACACCGGGUCCAAAAGGAGAUCGAUGAGACAAUAGGGCAAGCGCGGCGACCAGAGAUGGUGGACCAGGCCCGAAUGCCCUUCACCAUGGCCGUGAUCCACGAGGUGCAGCGCUUUGGGGACAUCAUCCCCCUGGGCGUGCCCCACAUGACCUCCCGCGACAUUCAACUGCAGGGUUUCCUCAUCCCUAAGGGGACCACGCUCAUCACCAACCUGUCGUCAGUGCUGAAGGACGAGACCGCCUGGAAGGAGCCCUUGCGCUUCCACCCCGAGCACUUCCUGGACGCCCAGGGCCACUUCGUCAAACAGGCGGCCUUCAUGCCCUUCUCGGCAGGCCGCCGCUCAUGCCUCGGGGAGCCCCUGGCCCGCAUGGAGCUCUUCCUCUUCUUCACCUGCCUCCUGCAGCGCUUCAGCUUCUCGGUGCCCGCUGGGCAGCCCUGCCCCAGCGACCACGGGACCUAUGGCCUCCUGGUGGCCCCACCCCCCUACCAGCUCUGUGCUGUGCCCCGCUAGAGGGGCAACCACACCCCAGCCGCUCCUCAGCUGGGAGCCCUGAUGUACAAUAAACCAGCCUGGUGGCUGCAGCCU